UUUUAAUCAUCAGACUCUCUUAAAGCCCACAAUCUCUUUUCUUUUAUUCUUGUCCUGUCUCACUCCUGAGCUCUACUGACUCCCAACAGAGCACCCAAGAAGAAAAUGGCUGUAAGUGGAGUCUUGGUGCUAGGAUUUUUCCUCAUGAUUGUGCUGAUGAGCCCUCAGGAAUCAUGGGCCAUCAAAGAAGAACACGUGAUCAUCCAGGCCGAGUUCUAUCUGAACCCUGAGCAAUCAGGGGAGUUUAUGUUUGACUUUGAUGGUGAUGAGAUUUUCCACGUGGAUAUGACAAAGAAGGAGACGGUCUGGCGACUUGAAGAAUUUGGGAAAUUCGCCAGCUUUGAGGCCCAGGGUGCACUGGCCAACAUAGCUGUGGACAAAGCCAACCUGGAAAUCAUGACAAAGCGUUCCAACAAUACUCCGAUCUCCAACGUUCCUCCAGAGGUAACUGUGCUCACAGACAGCCCUGUGGAACUGGGAGAGCCCAACGUCCUCAUCUGUUUCAUCGACAAAUUCACCCCACCAGUGGUCAAUGUCACAUGGCUUCAAAAUGGAAAACCUGUCACUACAGGAGUGUCAGAGACAGUCUUCCUACCCAGGGAAGACCAUCUUUUCCGCAAGUUCCACUAUCUCCCCUUCCUGCCCUCAACUGAGGACAUUUAUGACUGCAAGGUGGAGCACUUGGGCUUGGAUGAGCCUCUUCUCAAGCACUGGGAGUAUGAUGCACCAAGCCCUCUCCCAGAGACUACAGAGAAUGUGGUGUGUGCCCUGGGCCUGAUUGUGGGUCUGGUAGGCAUCAUCGUUGGGACCAUCUUCAUCAUCAAGGGUGUGCGCAAAAGCAAUGCUACAGAACGCAGGGGGCCUCUGUGAGGGGCAGGAAGGUGAUGGUGUUUCUUAGAGAGAAGAUCAUGGAAGAAACUUUUUAAAAAAGCUUUACAGAGCUGCAAUAUUCCAAUCCUUGACCUCAGCUGAAAACAAUCAUCUUCAGCAUGUUCCAGCCCUGUAGCCGCCCCAAGCAUGGUUAUGCGUCCUCAAUUGCUCCAUGCUCUAACAUCUAGCUGGCUUCCCCGUCUAUUGCCUUUCCUGUAUUUGUUUUCCUUUAUUUCCCAUCAGUUUAUCAUUACCAUGCAAUGCCUCUGGAAUAAAACAUACAGGAUUAUUUCUCUGCUAUGGAACUUUCUGAACAUCCCACGGGGGCAUCUCUUGUGUACUUAUUGUUUAAGGUUUCCUCAAACUGUGAUUUUUCUGAACACAAUAAACUAUUUUGAUGAUCUUGAGUGGAA